GCGCCGAGUUGGAGCGUUCCAAUUUCCCAAUAUCUUGAGCCUCACCCCUUCAAGAAAACCGUGUCGGUGCUACUAGCAACUUAAUCUGAUAGAUUCAUAGGCAUCAACCAUGCGCAAUAACACUCUGAUCCUGGGACUCGGACUCCUUGCCGGCCAAGCGGUGGCCGACAACACCCCUCCGCCACUCAACAUCACCGCCCUGUCGUCCCGCAACGGGUAUUCCGUAAUCGAGUGCUGGCAAUUAUCCUCCAUCCCGAUCGACGCCAUGUCAGCAGCCAACUACCCCAUCGGCAACACAACAGUGGCGACCUGGUCCCGGAUCGAGCCACGGACUCACAUCGGGGAGGCAUGGGCGCCCCGCGUGCAACUCUCCAUCAUCCUAAACGGCCUGAUCCGAAUCACGUCUCCGGCGCCCAUCGCUCCCAACGGAGGCAACGGGGGAGGCAGCGCCUCCAUGUGUCUCUCGGACGGCUUGUCCGUUGCGGGACGCCCGGACACAAAAGUGGCCUACAUCAUGCCCGGCACGCUCCGGUCUUCUGUGCUCAUCGCUGCCGACACCAAGGCUGUCAGCACCAUUGCGGGGCAUUUUACCGAGUUCCCCAGUGAUGAGCCGACUAUUCUUGUGCAGAUCCCGUUUGAGGGGGAUAAGCUGCCUGAACACACCGUUGUUUAUGACGGGCCGUGUCAGUAGCUUGAGCCUGGUGUCGAUGAGCGGAUAUGAGUCAGAAU